AUGCCUCUUCAUCCAGCCAUGCUUUCAAGCCUCGGUGUCAAAAAGAAACCGGACGCCCCGAAUCUCCCAUCCGCUGAUAAGCCGUUCGAACAAUUCUUGUGGCUUCUCAAGCAUCAAGUGGUCUUGCUCGUACCCGAUUUCAAGGACGGCGCAUUCAAAGACAAGAUCACCUGGAAGACCAAGCUAGUCGACUGCUUUGACAUCCUGGUCCACUCCCCCCUGCUAGACAAACAUGAAAAGGGAAUGCUCUUGGAGAUCAUCGACGGUAUCGAAAGGUUGGCCGACGAACAUAGAACUCCCGGCAGGAAGAUGACCUGUGAAGAGAUGUGUGUGAAGCACAGAGAUACGUUCGCGGGAUUCUUCAUGAUGGUUCAACUCGAUCGCGCAGUCAACGGCAUGGAUGUCAUCUCGCAGGAACUGAGAAAGGGAGUGCUGGCCAAUCUUUCCUUCGAGGGACAAUGCAAGGAUUUCGGUAGACUCGCGGUCAUUGAAGAAGAGACAUAG